UCGGUCUCAUCGACGCCACCUGCCACUUGCCCAUGCCCGCGGUGCCGGCGCUGGACGCCCGGAGCUUCAUCCCGGCGAAGGGCACGCUCGUGAUCGUCCCCUCCAACCUGCUGGACCAGUGGUCGCAGGAGAUCUCCAAGUUUGUCUGGGACGGCCGGAAGCUGGUGUCGAUGAACACGGGCUGGAAGGCGGGGCGCUCGGCGGAGGGCUGCCCGCUGAAGGUGCUCGCGAUCAGCACCGUGUCCCCCCUGCGGCUGCUGACCGCGGGGGAGAUGGCGGAGGUGGACGUCGUGCUCUGCUCCUACCGCCUGCUCUUCUCCAAGAUCUACCAGGAGCGGCGCGAGGACUUCUCCGGCGGCAGCACCCUGGCGGCCCUGGUGGAGGCGACGCGCCGGGUGAUCGAGGGGACGUACAACACGGAAGUCCGCGGCAAGAAGGAGGCGCCCGACAGCAAGAGCCUGGUGUUCCCCCUGCUCGAGAUGUUCCACUGGCGGCGCGUCGUCUUCGACGAGUUUCACGAGCUGGAGAGCUUCCAGAGCGCCCAGCAGAGCGUCCUGCAACACCUCCGGGCGCACAGCCGCUGGGGCCUGACGGGCACCCCGCCCAUCGACAACAUCGCAGGCGUGAUCUUCCUCUCCUCCCUCUUCCGCUGCGACCUGCCCGGCCACCUGCCGAUCGAGAAGGUCGAGGUGAAGGGCUCCCGCCAGAAGCAGGAGGUGCCGCACAUGCAGUUCUACGAGGAGGACCAGCUCAUGCGCGGCGCGGCCGGGCGCUUCCUGGACCGGUUCUGCCGCCAGAACACCGCCGAGGUGCCCCACAUCGCCCUGAAGCAGGAGAUCGUGCUGGUGCGACACGCCCCGGCCGAGCAAGCCCUGUACCUGGGCGAGGCGCACGACGCCCCCGACGUGAACUGGGAGGAUCGCCAA